AUUAAUACAGUAAUACUACAAAGCCGUGUAGUAAAAUAUUGUGCGUAUAAUACCAUAAUCAUUAGGCAUAGUAUUCACUUUUCAGUAUAGAAGUUAUACUGUAUGGCAUGACACGGAUGAUUGAAUGAAGUGAUCGCAGUCUGAAAAAAAAUGCCGCCGAAACAAAGAAAAAUCGCCAUUAUGGGCUACCGUUCAGUCGGCAAGUCGUCGUUGAGCAUUCAGUUCGUUGAAGGUCAAUUUGUAGAUUCUUACGAUCCAACAAUUGAGAACACUUUUGUGAAAACAACUAAAGUUAACAAUCAAGAAUAUGACUUGAAAUUAGUCGAUACGGCCGGACAAGACGAGUACUCCAUAUUGCCGACACAAUAUUCUAUGGACAUUCAUGGAUACGUCUUGGUUUAUAGUAUCACAUCCCCGAAAUCUUUUGAAAUCAUUCAGAUAAUUUAUGAUAAAUUAUUAGACAUGACUGGCAAAGUACAUGUUCCAGUAGUGUUGGUAGGUAAUAAAAAAGAUUUGCAUAUGGAUCGUGUUGUUACACAAGAGGAAGGGCGGAAGUUAGCAGAUUCUUGGAAAGCUGUAUUUCUUGAAGCUUCGGCCAAGCAGAAUGAGGUAACAUCAAAAAAAUGUGUAGCUGAUAUAUUUCACACUAUGUUAAUGGAAAUUGAAAAAGCCAAUGGGAACACUGUUCAAGAAAAUAAUAAGUGCAGUAUAUCGUGAGAGUGCCACAUGUCUGUAAAUUAAAUUUUUUUUUUUCCAUACAUUUUUAUCUUAAUUUUUAUAACUAAUGUGAAAUGAAUAUGUAAAUUACAAUUGAAAUCAGAAACGAUGAUUGUUAAUUUAGUCGCAUAUUUUAUAAGUAAUUUUUAAUUUAAAGUGCAACUAAAAAUAUAUAUAUAUAUAUAUAUAUACAUAUAUUUUCUUCUAUCUUUAUGCUAAAUUAUUAUUUUACUUAAUAUAUUUUGUAACAUA